AUGAUAUUACUCUUAAUCACUCUUCUUAUUGUCGCGGUUGUACCGCCCGUCCUCUCGGACUUCACUGUCUAUAUCGGAAAGAGCAACGAUAUAACAGAUGUGGGCGUCACUUACAGCUCGACGGAAAUGCAAGUCCACGACCACGCGCCACUCAGCUGCUAUGAUAUGGGACAUGUAGUUCCCAUCUCGGCCAGUACUAACAAUGACGCUAGUAAGAGCCGCUGGGCUUGCGAUGGCUGUAAUGCAAAGGCACCGAGAGACUGGGUCAUCGACCGCUUCGAGAUGUAUAAUAAGGACGAUGCUGUUGGUCACUCCACGGACCAUCCCGUUCCUCUAUUUAACAGAUCUACAGGUGCAGUCACUUUAUACGGGACGGGCAACAACAACUACGAUAUGAGAGAUAUCAAUAAUACAUUUCUCGGUACCUGUAGUCGCCCGACGCACCCGCAGGAGAUGGACUGCUGGCAGAUCAUCUCCGCUACAUUUCUUACACAUGUUUUCACCUGUACUAGUGAUCUUGUUCCCAAUGACGCAUUAUGGAUAUCAGACGAAUGAAGAUGGAUCCGAAUAAGCUACGAAUUAGUAGAGAAUAAGUGCCUAACCCAUGGACGAAUUAUUAUGAUAACGGCGCGUUUUCUAUUUGCUUCAAGACGUUGUUAUGGGAUGGCGAUCCCUGCCUUAGGUGUUGGAAGCGG